CACAGCGCUGCGAUCGGUGGUGCGCUGUGUCCCUUAGACACGUGAUCAGAUGGGACAUGUACAGUGUGCCCUGAUGAUCAGUGUAACCCCAGCAUUACCACCUGUCAGUGCUCAUCAGUGCCAGCUGUCAGCGCUCAUCAAUGCCACCUGCCAGUGCCCAUCAAUGCCACAUAUCAGUGCCCAUCUGAGCUGCCUUUCAGUGCCGCCAAUCAGUGGCCUAGCAGUGCCAGUCAGUGCCGCCUAUCAGUGCCAUAUGAGUGCCGCCUUUCAGUGCCCAUCAGUGAUGCCUGUCAAUGCCCAUCACUGCCACCUACCAGUGCCUCCUCAUCAG